UGGGCGGGGCUUGGGAGUCUCCGGGCUUGAAGGUGGACGCGCAGGUCCCACCUGGAAGCUGUCGUCAUGGUAGCCCCGGUGGUGUACCUGGUGGCGGCGGCUCUGCUAGUCGGCCUUAUCUUCUUCCUGACUCGCAGACGGGGCCAAGCGGCAGCAGCCAGUGGAGAGCCACUGCACAAUGAAGAGGCAGCAGGCCGAGCGGCCCAGCCUCGGCCCCUGGAGCCCGAGGAUCAGAGGGCUGGGGGUAGACCCCGGCGCCGCAGGGACCUGGGCAGUCGCCUGCAGGCCCAGCGUCAAGCCCAGCGAUUGGCUAGGUCUGAGGUGGAUGAGAAUGAGGAGGAGGUCAUCAUCCCAGCCCAUGAGGAAGAAAGCGAGAAGCCAGCAGAAACUCACCUGUCAGGGAAAAUUGGAACCAAGAAACUACGGAAGCUGGAGGAGAAACAAGCACGAAAAGCCCAGCGCGAGGCAGAGGAAGCUGAGCGUGAGGAGCGGAAGCGCCUUGAGUCUCAGCGUGAGGCAGAGUGGAAGAAGGAGGAGGAGCGGCUUCGACUGGAGGAGGAACAGAAGGAGGAGGAGGAGAGGAAAGCCCGGGAGGACCAGGCCCAGCGGGAGCACGAGGAGUACCUGAAACUGAAGGAGGCCUUCGUGGUGGAGGAGGAGGGUGUGGGCGAGACCAUGACCGAGGAGCAGUCCCACAGCUUCCUGACAGAGUUCGUCAACUACAUUAAGCAGUCCAAGGUUGUGCUUUUGGAAGACCUGGCUUCCCAGGUGGGCCUGCGGACUCAGGAUGCCAUAAACCGCAUUCAGGACCUGCUGGCCGAGGGGACUCUGACAGGUGUGAUUGACGACAGGGGCAAGUUCAUCUACAUUACCCCGGAGGAGCUGGCUGCUGUUGCUAACUUCAUCCGGCAGCGGGGCCGGGUGUCCAUCACUGAGCUUGCCCAGGCCAGCAAUUCCCUCAUCUCCUGGGGCCGGGAGCCCCCUGCCCAGGCCCCAGCCUGACCUAGCCCAUCUCUCUUGGACUCAGAGCCGGGACAGCCUACCUGACCGUAUAUCUUUAUUCCUGGCCACCAUCCUAGGGCAGUGGUGGGGCGUGGCCAGGCAGUUCUCGAUUAAAGGCCUGUGAGUACUGCUGA